AUGUCUCGUCCACCCCCGCCCGAAGCCCGCGCUAGAGAGUUCGAUGAGACUCUCGCGGCCGGCUCCAAGACCGUCUCCUACCUCGAGGUAGCUCGAUAUAUGGCCGAUGUAGAGGCCCGUCUCCGCAAAGAAGACAAAACCAAACUCAUGGCCACACUAGGCUCCAUGAAACCCACCUCCACCUGCGAAGAAAUCAAGGCCGCCAAGGACAAAUGCAGGCUCCUCCUCAGCAGCGAACCGGGUCUCCUCGCGCGCUUCGACGACUUUCUCAAGCACGCCGCCAUAGCGAUGGGUAAGAAGGUCAGCAGCGACGCCGAGCGCCGUGGGCAGCCGUCGGGUUCUUCGUCCGCGUCGCCAGCGGCGUCGACGCCGGGGGAUUCUGCAAGGAGUGGGAGUGAUUCCUGUACCAUAUCGAUGGAAUCACGACUGGGCCGGGACCAAGUCCGGCGACUCAAGGCACUGCCAAACGAGAAUCCGGAUGCCUUCUCACAUAUCCUCUUUGACGAGCUGGACGAGGAACCAGUCCUGGACUACAUCACCGACCUGGAAACUAGGCGCGAAAUUUUCGAAGAACUACAGAAGCUAUCGAAGACCUACGACGAACCAGGGCUGAACGCCAUGACACUCGGUAUCGUCAUGGUCGCCCCGAUCAUGAGGUUGCAGGCACUCGUCAGAGAAAUGAAGAGUAGCCUCGACAAAUCUUCCGGCUUGAACCAGCUGUUGUGGGUUCAGGGCUUCACCAACUUUAUGCGUGAAACAGCCGUCCAAGGGAUAAAGGCGUUGAAAACAGAGAGACAACUGGAGGUGUGUCCUUACUGGGAUGCUGGAUCCCGAAGCGGCCUGUAUUGCCGCUUAUUUGCCGCUGGAAACGAAGGACUUCAGUCGGGUGAGUUGAAACUCAAGACUGGUCAGACUUUUAUCCUCAGGGCCCAGGGCCAGAAAGACACCACAAGUAUCGAGCUGCUACAGCUCUCAUGGGAUCUCCUUCGCGUUGCUGCGAUCUGCGGCGCUGCUACCGACGACACACCAAACGGAGAGAAUGACGAGAGUGAGGGUAGAAGUGUUGGUGCCGGCUCCGUAACGUGGGAGGGGAAUGAACGUGACGAGCUGCGGCGCUGGGCGGUGGGGGUCGCGGAAGCCACAGCGGAAGAACGAGACGAGCCUGAAAACAGUCCCAAAGACUCACGCUAG